AUACACUCACCACACUAUUUUCAGAUAUACAAAAGCCCAAUUACAAAUGAAUUUAGAUUUUCCCUCUUCCUUUUUUGAGGCAUUAAUCAAUUAUUGUGUUGUUUCAGGCUUCACUGUUCGUGGUCCCUCUGCUCCUCUGUCUGCUCCUCUGGGAUCUUCAGUGGUUUUGCCCUGUUAUGUUGAUGAAGCUUUACCAGUGGAGGAUCUGGAGGUGGAAUGGAGAAGAGCAGACUCAGAGACUCUGGUUCAUCUGUAUCAAGAUGGUGAGAGUCGAGCAGAGGUCCAGCAGCAGGAUUAUCAUGAUAGAGCUCAUUUCUUUACUGAGGAGAUUCAACAUGGAAACUUCUCCCUCCGUCUGGACAAACUGACAGCUCAAGAUGAAGGAGAAUACAGGUGUAGAGUUCACAGUCAGCAGGAUUCUGGAGAAACUGUGAUCAAGAUAAAAGUCAGCAAUGAGCGUUUGUUUGUAUCAGGAUCAAAUCAUCUUGAAUCUGCAUAUGUUGGUGAGGACGUGACUCUGAACUGCUCUGUAGACUCUCACAUCACUCCUGAACACAUUGAAGAGGUUUCAUGGAUGAAAACGGAUAAAGAUGGAGAUUUUCUGGUUCUGCUGUACCAGAACAAUGAAUUGUUCAUCUCCCACCUCUGGUAAAAUCUCAGAGGCAGAGUUGAGUUCUUCACUGCAGAAAUCCCCAAAGGAAACUUCUCUCUCAGACUGAAGAGUGUCAGAACUGAGGAUAAAGGAGUUUACAUGUGUCAAGUGUUUGCUGGAGAUUUAUCAGCCAAUGCUACUGUAGUGCUGGAGAGACUGGGUAAGGAACAAAUAUGGU